GAACACAAUGCCUAGGGAGAUAAUCACCAUCCAGGCCGGCCAAUGCGGCAAUAACAUUGGCGUACAAUUUUGGCAACAACUAUGCCUUGAACAUGGAAUCAACCAGGACGGAAACCUAGAGGAGUUCGCUACUGAAGGAGGGGAUCGCAAAGAUGUUUUCUUCUAUCAGAGCGACGACACUCGAUACAUCCCUCGCGCAAUCCUCCUCGACCUCGAGCCUAGGGUCCUCAAUUCCAUACAAACCGGUUCGUAUAGCAAUAUAUACAACCCGGAGAACUUUUUUGUUGGGAAGCAAGGUAUUGGAGCCGGGAACAACUGGGCAGCGGGGUACUCUACCGGAGAAACCGUGCAUGAGGAAGUUUUCGACAUGAUAGAUAGGGAGGCAGAUGGAAGUGAUUCCUUAGAAGGAUUUAUGCUCCUACACUCCAUCGCGGGAGGAACGGGUUCUGGUCUCGGGAGCUUUCUCCUUGAGCGAAUGAAUGACAGAUUUCCGAAGAAAUUGAUCCACACUUACUCCGUUUUCCCUGAUACCCAAGCCGCAGAUGUUGUUGUCAAUCCUUAUAAUAGUUUGCUAGCUAUGAGGAGAUUGACGCAGAAUGCGGACUCUGUGGUGGUACUUGAUAACGGCGCUCUGUCUAGGAUUGCAGCGGACAGACUCCAUGUUCAAGAACCCUCCUUCCAACAAACUAACCAAUUGGUCUCUACUGUAAUGUCGGCAUCUACGACUACCCUACGUUAUCCAGGUUAUAUGCACAAUGACCUUGGCAGCGUCGUCGCUUCUCUCAUUCCCAUCCCAAGGUCCCAUUUCCUUAUAACCUCUUAUACGCCAUUCACCGGGGAUAAUGUUGAACAAGCAAAGACGGUUCGCAAGACCACUGUUCUCGACGUUAUGCGUCGAUUGCUUCAACCUAAAAACCGCAUGGUUUCAAUAAACCCCAGCAAAUCAAGUUGCUACAUCAGCAUCCUCAACAUCAUCCAGGGUGAAGCAGACCAAACUGACGUGCACAAAUCUUUGCUCCGUAUUCGUGAACGGCGUCUUGCCUCCUUCAUUCCAUGGGGCCCUGCCAGUAUCCAGGUCGCGAUUCCGAAAAAGUCUCCAUACCUUCCCAACACCCAUCGUGUUAGCGGUUUGAUGCUUGCAAACCAUACUUCUGUUGCAACCUUGUUCAAGAGGAUCGUAAGUCAAUACGAUAGACUACGAAAGCGCAAUGCGUUCUUAGAGGCAUACAAAAAAGAAGCGCCAUUUGCGGAUGGAUUAGGCGAGUUCGACGAAGCCAGAGCUGUGGUUAUGGAUCUGGUAGGGGAGUACGAGGCUGCAGAAAAGGAAGAUUAUCUGGAUGGUGGAGGUGUAGGCGCAGAAGAGGGCUAGGUUUACCCCAAUUGUUGUUUUCUAUCCUGCACUUCAUCUGUCUUUCCACCAUUUCGGCCUACGUACGACUUUAUGAGAAUAAUGAGAAUCCAGCAAGAAUAUAGUUUUCCUUUCGCAAGGCUCUGUAGC